ACCUUAAAAUCUCAGCAGCCACUAUAUUUGGCGAUCCUCAAGUGUCAUUUCACCCCCAACAAACCCCGCGAAAUCCAUUUACCAGCGAAACCAUGCCCCGGGUACCUGCCGUUGUAUUUUCGGCACCUUCCAUCACCGGUGGUGAAUCCUCAGGCGCCGCCAGUGGCAGCUCCACCGCAGACGGCACCUCUCCCUCAACCGACAACCACUGCGAGCGGAACCACAAAUUCUACGCCAAGGUAUCGAUCGACUUUGGACUGCUGAUCACAACGCUGGUCCAGAUGCGAGUCGUCGUGGGUGAGGACCGGAAAAAGGACUACAUGAUGGUGUACCUGCUGUACUUGUUCAUCGCGAUCUCGUUGGCGGUUCAAAUCGCGGUUCUGUUGGCUUAUGUAUCGCUGCACUUCGUCCGGCAUCACACACCUUGUACCAGGCUCAAGUUCUUCUUGUCGCAGGGAAUAUUUCUCAUCACCGUCCUCAACGUGCUCAGCGCAUGUUUAGUGGAAGCUUUGGUAGAGUUACCUGCUGAAAAACCAAUGCAAAUCCCAUCACCAACAACCAAGAUAGAAACGCUACUAAAUUAA